AUGGAUGUAGAUUCUUUGAACGGGAAGCAACAGGAGGGAGAGACGAACAAUGAUACCGAAUUACGUGAUCUACCAAGCGAGAUCCUUCAAGAGGUCAUCUCCAACCUGCCCAUCAAAGAAGCAAUUCAAACUGCUGUAAUAUCCAAAAAAUGGAGGAAUCAAUGGAAGCAUAUCUCAAAGGUUACGUUGGAAGAAAAAGUACACAGGGAGAAGAAAGAGUUCAAUGAGUUUGUGGACAAACUACUUGCGGUUUUGAAUACCUCGUGUAUUAAAAUAUUCUCUCUCGCAUGCGACGUUUGCGAGGAAACUCAUCUGGUUAAUGGGUGGCUAAGUGGUUUCAUCCAGCCAACGAUUCAAGAACUAAGCCUUGAAUUUGGAAACCUUGAUGAGGAACCAGUGGUCUUCCCUGAUUACCUGUUUAGCUCCAAAGACUUGACAAAUUUUCAUCUCAGCAUGCCGCAUGUUUUCGUGCUCCCUUCCGUCAUUUCUUUUCCGAGUCUCAGCACUUUGAGCUUGAGAGAGGUUAUGUUCCCUGAUUCUUUAUCAACGCAGCGACUUUUCACUGGUUGUCCCUCCCUAAAGCAGCUGACCUUAAUUGAUUGCAAAUGGGACAACGUUGAAACUGUUCGCAUUGCUUGUCCAUUGCUUCAGAUAUUGAUCAUCAGGGAGUGGGAAGAUGACGAAAACGAUUUACUUGCUGCCGAUGAACAUCCAACCAGCUGCCGAAUAGUAAUCACUUCGAAUAACCUGAAAACAUUCUCUUAUGACGGGGACAUCCUAAAUGACUACGCGUUGGAUUGUAACACAUCAUCGAUCACCAAUGGAGCUGUUGAGGUUCACCCACCGCCCAGCGACGACACGGACGCUGGUCUUUUCGUGCUCAGAAUUCUUAAGGCCCUCUCAGAUGUGGAAAGGCUAUCAAUUUCAGAUUUUGCUACCGAGGCUUUAUGUCAGGAAUCAUUUUACAUCCCGGAGCUUCCUUUGUUCAACAAUUUGAUUGAGCUUCACGUGGAAUCAACAGAUCCAAUGAAUAUGGCAUGUGAUGCCCUGCUGACCAUAUUGCGGCACUCACCUCGUCUUGAAGCUCUUUACUUUGCCAUGGGCGUCUUUCUGCAUAAGAAUGAUUUAAUGAAGGUUGAUCCAUUGCCGUCGUGCUUGGUAACAAACCUGAAGACGUUAAGGUUAUACGGGUUUACUGGGAACAAGGACGAAAUGUUUGCCAUAAAAGUUUUGUUGAAAUCAAUGCCAAUGUUGGAAGCAAUCUGGAUUUUCAGCAACCCUUAUGGUUUCGACAGUGACGAAGGAUCAGACAGGCUUCACAGAUUGUACAUGAAGAUUGUACAUUUUCCCAGAGCUUCAGUCGAUUGUGAGUUAUAUUUUGAAUAG